AUGGAAAUACCGAAACGAUAUGUAUCAUUUGCCACUUGGCCCAGCGAACAGUUACCUGCUGUGGAUGAUCUUGUCCGAGCAGGAUUCUUCUAUACUGGUAAAAACACAAUUGUGACGUGUUUUUAUUGUAAUGGAUCUCUUCAGAACUGGGGUUCUAAUGAUAAUCCAAUGAUUGAACAUGCAAGAUGGUUUCCUCAUUGCGCCUAUGCCAAGCAACUUUGUGGGGAUGAUCUUUAUCGAAAAAUUCAAGAAUCAAAACGAUUGGCUCAAGGUUAG